CCUCUAUUUCCUUUCCCAGUGACUAUAGUCUACUUUAUCAAUUACUGUCAUGGGCUACGGCUCUCUUAUUGUUUCGAUCCUCUCUUCCCAUUCUCAUUGAAGAAGGCAUCACGGUUCAAUAUGCUCACUUCUUCAAAAUUCCGAUUGUUCUCCUUCUGGGUCAUCCUUUUCAUCAUUGUUAAGUCGCAAUGUUACAAUGAUGCGGAUGCGUCGUUCAACUAUGGCAAUUCUUCCAUAGAAUUUGUCAUUGACCCGAGAAUCGAGGGAGCGGUAACUACAAUCACUGAGUUACCAAGCACAGUCAACCCCAGUCUUAAUAAUAAUCAUCAUCUCCCGUAUUCUACGUCAGAGCCAGUCUCUGCAGCACCAACACCGCCGCUUUCUGGAGAUGGACACGAUACAGAACAACAUGGCCAAGGCAUGCCGGACGAAGUGCCAAGAAAUGCAACACCACCAGUCAGAGAUCUCGACGCAAACCCGCCUGCAAACAGAUCACGCCCCACAGAUGAUGGUUCAAGCCGCGAAGCCCCUGCUGGUGAGCCUCUCGCAUUGCCCGCACUGGGUGCUGCUGCUGCGCUUCUUGUCGGGGCCAGGAACAGGAGAAAACCCCGUGGCUAUCCCAUUGUCUGGGACUGCUGUAGCUGCGGACGCUCAGGUAUCAGUAUCUUGUUCGCUCGUUGUUUUGAGUGCGGUGUUCCCCGAUGCGCCUUCUGUACUCCCACGAAGCUGCAGCUAGAUGGACCUCGUCCUCCACCAACUCCCCCUCCAGACCGCAAGAAGCGAGAAAUCCGUGGUCUGCCUCUGCCAAAACUCACUGAGCUCACCGACGACAUACACCAGAGAAUAGGUGCUUUUCUCUCCUUUGACGAUCUGGUUCAAUUGAGUCUAAGCUGCAAGAAGUUAUGUACGGCAUACAAACCGGUCUUAGCAAAAAAUCUCCGACUCAGUGAAGAACGCAGAUCUGCAGAGCUGCGGGAUCAAUGGACAACUCGAGCGACUUUAAGUCUUCCUCUCGACAACGAAGAGGUCUUGGAAGCCAUGGGAAAUAGUAUGGUGAAGAUCUCGUCUGAUCUAGCAGCUUCUGUUCCAUCGACAAUGAUGGAGCCGCAGUGGGCAAUAGACGACUGGUUGCUCUCAUUUAUGAACUGCGACUUCGAAUCAACUGAUGAAGAAACCAUCAAGUCCGGACCCUUGCCGUUACUUGAGGAUGCUCUUGAAACGACUUCCCCUACACAACCGCACAUGAAACAACCAUUGUCCCCAGAGGUAGUGUACAUUCCCAAUGACUUGACAGUGAUGAUGUCAGAGGAAGAAGAUCGACAAAGCCAAAUCGCCAACGAAGAACGUAAUUCUGAUGACGACGCAAUGAGCAUCGACGAGGGAGGGGAUAUCGAAGACUUGUCACAAUCCGACCGCAUUUCGAAGGUCGGCAUCAAUGUAAAUGGAAGAUCUCUCUACACUCAAGACGACGAAAAGAAGGAACUGGAGAUUGCCACACCAUCAAUGACUGAUACCCCAACAACGGUCCACUCCUCUUCAUAUUCAGAACCUUCCCCAGCCACCCCUGGCUUUCAACCAUCGCCAAAAACGGGAACAGGGAACUACACUUGUCCCCAUUGUCCUAACAAAUUAUUUCCACGAAUGUGCGAUUUCACGAAACACGCCAAAUACCAUAUCAAAGAUCUCCAGUGCUCUAUCUGCAAGAGAUUUUUCAGCAGAAAGCAAGACCUCGUUCGUCAUGGAAAGGACCGACAUGAAAAGCGAAGUGAGCAAUAUUAUUGUCCACACGCCAAGUGCCGAGCAAGGAACAGAAAACCCUUCCCACGCAAGGACAACUUGACAAAACAUUUGAGGAACAUACACAGUAAGGACAAAAAUGAGGAAGACGAGCAGGAGGGGCAAGGGGAUGAGAUGGAAGAGCACAAGCCUAAGGAGGAAGACGAGGAUGAACGAGACUAUCCCCCUGUUUCGGAAGCUUGACAGUUGUUGGAUUGGAGUAGUGGUGACCUGCUAUUCAUAUUUGCUCUUCCCAGCUCUCCUGAAAUGCAAACUACUGUGAUAAACAGGGCCAGCCUGUUGUGUUCGACAGGUCUCGGGCGUCCUCACGGCUUUAUGUUAGAUUGAUCUGAGUACUAGCUCAAUCGACUAUC